GAGCACCGACGCCCGCGUCCUCGAUGUGAGAUUUCAGCGCCCACAUCCAUCUGCGAUCUCUGUCAAUCUCCUCGGCCUCUAGCGCUUUUCAGCCUUCCCUUGCUCCGUCCGUCUCCGCCCUCCUCCUUCCCCCAGUCAUGGCCGAGAGUCUGGGGAAGAAAGAGCGGAGAAAAAGUCUCAGCGUCUUCACUCCGUCGUCGACGACGGCCUCCUACGCCGGUCCCGUGGCCCAUGAACGGUCUCCCUCGGACGACGCCCACGCCCCGAAGAAGAAAUCGCGACGCAACUCAGGGUUCUUUGGGGUCCGGCACCCUAGUCCCCCGAGCGCGUCUGGCAGCUAUGGCUCGCGUCGCCCUGGCACCGCCGAUUCGGAAUCGACCGCCUGCAUGACGCCCGUGCCCACCGUCGCCCUCGAGGGGCCUCGUUCCCGACGCAAGUCGCUGCAGAAGAGGCGAACCUCCGUGUUUGGGUCGCUCCGGUCGCUGCAUUCCCUUGAAGAUGACGACCGCUCGCAGGGCCGCUCGAAAGGCUCAUCCCUGGACGAGGAUCCCCCCGAGCUUCGGCAUGGCAUUGGCUCCAUUAUUCUGCACCAUGGAGAGGUCCAGAUCACGGGAGGAAUGUGGCGAAAGAAGAGUCAUUACCUGGUCCUAACUGACACCCAUCUUGUCCGAUUCAAAAGCCAAAGCAAAGCUGCCGAUAUGUUUCCUUCGAUCCCGGCCUCUUUCUCCCGUUCGGUGGCCAACAAUCGCCAAUCGGUCGCCUCGAUCAGCUCCUUACAGGACCCCCAGCUUUCGGCCCCGAGCGAUUCCUCUGCGGGAAUCCCCCUGAACAGUAUCAUUGCCGUCUACAUGCUGGACGACGGCAGACCGUCAUCGACAGUGGAGGUCGCCUAUGUGGAUGAGCGAGCGCAGAAGGCCACUUUUAUCCAAAUGCAAACGCCCGAUUUCCAGGAACUGAGCCUGUGGAUGGUGGGCAUUCGAUCCGCCGCUGAACUGAUCCGCGGGGCCGACCCGCUGGGCUUUGACCAGAAGACGGUGGAUUGUGUGGUCCGGAUGCUUGACUACGAACGAGACUAUGACCCGGAGACGUUUCGUAUGUUCCGAGUGAUUCAGAUGGCGUCGACCAAGUCCCCGACGCGGGCAUCGUCGGAGGAUCUCACAAAACUAUCACCGACGGGCUGUUAUCUCGCCCUCGGAUCACACAAGCUCCACCUCAUCCCGUUGCAUAAGAUCUCCAGCCGCAGCUCGGUGGUGUCAUUGAGCGACUUGGAUGCUACCACAUCAUUUGGCCUGAUGAAUUUGACCUGCCUAUCGAUGGAAUGGGGGGACGAUAGUCUACAUUUGACAUUCCGUGUUCCACUCCGGAAACCAUUUUCGGUCUUUCUCGCGUCGGUGCAUUCGCUGGAGGUUGCAUUCUGGAUCCGGCAACAGACGGAGUUUUUGCGUCCUUUGUGGAUCAAACGGCCAUAUGACUUCAUCGUUCCCCGGGACCUUGGGAACGAAAACAACUUUCCUCCGGUGAGCCUCGAUGAAGACUACGGCUGUUUCGACCGCACAUUGGUCGCCUAUUCAGCCAGCUAUGACAUCGACACCUCCAAUAUUCGAUACACGAUUGACGUGCAAUGUGAUGACGCUCCCUGUUUCAAGCUCUUGCCGCCAGCUUCCACUCGCCAGAGGAAAUACACUGCCUUGGAAUUGAUUGCCGUCAUGCGGGCUCUCCGGUACAACGAGUCAUUCCGUUCCAUUUCCUUCAGUGGCGUCAGCUUGGAUGCACUCCAAGGCCUACGCGACAUCCACGGAUCAGACAAGGAUGCUCUGUUGAGUCGCUCAGGUGCCCCGAUCCAUAUCCCCGGCCAAGAGAAUCUGUCGGUCCUAUCACAAGAAGUGCGGGCCCUGACUCUGAAAAGCAAGUGGCUCCGGCGCCUGGACUUUUCUUACACUCUUAGCCGCGUCCCCAAGUCGGACAGUGAAAGUCAUGAUCCAGGGUGCGGGAUACCGGAGGCAAUAUUCCCCAUUUGUCGGCGAGAGCUGACGAGCGUCGACUGGGUCGUUCUGAAUGGAAUCAAGCUGGGAGAUUCUGACCUCGACUAUCUCGUCGACGCAGCCUCUCAACGGUCAAGUCACAUGCGAGCAUUGGAAGUGGGUAAUUGCGGCCUGUCGGUUCACGAUCUUGAUCUACUGCUUUCCACCAUUGUUGCUCAGUCGUCGACUCUGGAGGCAAUCAACAUCUCUGGGGUACAAGGCCGGUUGAGUCCCGACAUAUUGCAGCAGUACCUUGGCUACUUCAGUCAGAUCAAGACGCUGGAUUUGUCUCGUAUUUCUCGCACAUCGAACUUGGAUCCUCUCCUCACGCCCGAGACGUUGAUCAAUUGGCGAUUGGAAGAGCUGUCGCUGAGCCGGACGGUGGUCAACCGGGAGACUGUCGAUGCUAUUGCCACAUAUCUGGCCAGUGAACGGUCCCGAGGUCUCCGGGUGCUUCGACUGGACCAAUGCGGGCUCAGCGGUCAAGAUGUUGCCAUCUUCCUGCAUUCGAUGGCAUCUAGCGGGGCCCCUCGCGAUGUGCAUCUCUAUGUAAACGAAAACCGACUUGAUUCCGGCUGUUCGUACCUCUUCGAAGCCAUUUCUCAAAGCAAAACUCCGACUCACCUGUCUAUGAGAAUGAUCGAUUUCAAAAAGGAGGAGCAGUUUCAGGAAUUGGUGGAGGCCUUGCGCAAGAACCGGUCGUUGAAGUAUUUGGAUAUUUCCAAGGCAUCGCUUCCGUACGAUGCUGGCCCGGAGACGUGCAAGGCCUUGCAGCUGAUGUUCGAAGAGAACGAGACGCUGGAGGACUUGGAUAUCAGCGGGGAAAGCGCUCAUCUGGAUGUUGCCCGGUUUGGAAUUGGCCUCAACUUGGCAUUGACUGGUCUGAAAAAGAAUAAGUCUUUGCAAGUCUUGCGGAUUGAGCAUCAGAAACUGGGUCUCCAGGGCGCAAAUACCUUGGCAUCUGUCCUGGAGGAGAACGACUGCCUCCGGGAGGUCUACUGUGAAAACAACGACAUCAAUUUGCAAUCAUUUACGGUGCUGGUCAACGGCUUACAGCGCAACAGAUCUUUAUUGAGCCUGUCAUUCAUGGAUCGUGACCGAAUCCAGUCCCUGGAACGCGUGCGGCGAGAGUUUCAAAGUGUCAAACGGGAAGCAAACCUUGCCCAGAGCUCCGCCACCAGUUCUAUCCGCCGGUCCAUCUAUGUAGCAAUGAAUGGCAAGUCGGGGUCAAGCAAGCAGUCCAAACAGCAGCAGGCAUCCAACCACCGCUAUAGCUCUGCGGUGCCCCCACACCUGGCUAGUUCAUCCGAGACCUCCCCAGUCAUGCAGCAGGACGUGGAGGCUAUUCUGCAUUCAUUGAGCCGGAAAUGGGAUGCCGAGGUCGCUCGUCUUCGUCGAUAUCUCUUCCGGAACUACAAUAUCGCUCAUGGUCUCGACGUUGGUCUGGCUGGUGCGGAUGAUGACGCUUCUAGUGAUGGACGUCCCACCACAGCAAACAGCCUUGGAAUGAUGUUGGACAGUAUGAAAUUGGACGUGACGGUAGCUGAACAUGAGAUUCAGCCCACGCCGCAAGCUUCCGCGCAACGACUGCAAGAGGCUACCCCAGAUAGCCCAAAGGAUCACCUCGAGAUGUUUAAUGGCCUGGAUGCGGAAAGUAGUGUGGUUGCUGAGCUUCGACAACGUCCGCAGACGGCACCUUUCUCGUUCCCCGAAUACGCCUCUCAUGCCUUACCAUUGGAGUAUUCUAGCUCUAGCUCACGCCUGGCGGUGCCGGUACCGGCCAUACCACCCGUUGUCAACAAGACCAGCAGUGUCCGCAGUGCUCGCAGCUCCAGUACAGUCUCUACCGGGACCGGGACCAGUGCGCGAAGUGCCUACGGGUCAGCGUCCUCCACACUCAGAGGCUUUCUCAGCGGAAGCGCCUCGAAAGAACGCAAGAAGAUGGAGAAGAUGAAGUCUGGGGCAGUGUGUGUGCCGCAUGAGAGACCACCUAAGCUGGACUGGGCGCCCCCUCAGUUUGAUCUAGGAAACUUCCGGUAGUUCUCCUUCGAGGGCCCGAAGACGUCCCAGCUCUUCUUCACUCCACAAUGAUUAAUGAAUCGAAUCACGAUAACUAGAAAAACAGUUUUCGCUAGUCGAAGAUACACCGCGUGUUUGAGGCCGUCGCCACAGGAUGUUUCAUCUGUG